CCGUCACCGAUCCCUGACCCCCACCGCCGUAGAUAAUCCAAAAAUAAAAAUCCAAGGCCGCGCCGUACGCGCAAUCCCCCCUCGCUCGCUCCAUGGCGCUGCAGCUCCAGCUGCCGCGGCCGCUCGCCGCCGCCCGGCCCUCCGCCCUCCUCCCUUCCCGGGACCAUGGCGCCUCCGCUUCCGCGACCGCCCUUCACGCUCGCGCCGGCGGCGUCGCGUUCUCGCUCCAGACCAACGUGCGCCUCCUCAAGCCCAACCGCCGCGUCCGCCGCUCCCGGGACCCCUACUACGACCUAGACGAGGACGAUGAGGAGGAGGCGGAGUUCGACGAAGAGGAUGACGACGAAGGUUACGAGAGCGAUGAUGACAUGUCGGGUUUGGAAUAUCCUGGUGUACUUUAUUCAAACAGCCCUCGUGCUUCAAGCAAGAGACAAGAAUUGGAACCUCCACUGGUAAAAGAAAACUGGGAAGGAAGACAACCCAAAACUCGUGAUAACUACGGCAGUCCAGGAAAAAGUAAGUCCCUGUAUCCUAGGAGUAAAGUGGGACGAUCAUCAAUGGAUCUUAAGAACAUGGAUAGUGAAGUUGAGUUGAAAAAUGCAAGUAUCUCUCGAAGUCUGUUCCAGAAACUACAAGAAGAUUAUGACUUUGAUGACAAAUGGUUACCGCUGAUUGAUUACUUGUGCACAUUUGGACUAAAGGAGUCUCAUUUUACUUACAUCUAUGAGAGACACAUGGCCUGCUUUCAAAUCAGUCAGGCUUCAGCAGAAGAAAGGUUGGAUUUCCUGCUAAGUGCUGGGGUUAAAAGCAAGGAUAUGAAGAGGAUACUGGUCAGGCAGCCACAGAUUCUGGAAUACACCCUUGGCAAUCUGAAAUCCCAUGUUGAUUUUCUCGUAAGCAUUGGAGUUCCGAAUACACGAAUAGGACAAAUUAUUUCUGCUGCUCCUUCGAUGUUCUCUUACAGUGUGGAGCACUCUCUGAAGCCAACAGUAAGGUAUCUGAUUGAGGAAGUUGGUAUUGAGGAGAGUGAUGUUGGGAAAGUAGUGCAGCUAAGCCCACAGAUUCUGGUGCAGAAAAUUGAUAGUGCAUGGAAAUCUCGAUCGCUUUUCCUGACAAAAGAACUGGGCGCUCCCAAAGAUAGCAUAGUUAAGAUGGUCACAAAACACCCUCAGCUGCUUCACUACAGCAUUGAGGAUGGAAUCUUACCUCGAAUAAAUUUCCUGAGAAGCAUUGGUAUGAGAAACACUGACAUUCUCAAAGUAUUGACAAGUCUUACUCAGGUGCUAUCUUUGUCAUUGGAGGAAAAUCUCAAGCCAAAGUAUCUUUACUUGGUCAAUGAACUCAAGAAUGAGGUUCAAUCCUUAACGAAAUAUCCUAUGUAUCUGAGCUUGUCUCUUGAUCAGAGGAUCCGUCCCCGCCACCGUUUUCUGGUUUCAUUGAAGAAAGCUCCAAAGGGUCCAUUUCCUCUGAGCUCCUUUGUGCCCACAGAUGAGCGUUUUUGCCAGAGGUGGGCUGGGACUAGCUUGGAGACAUACCAUACAUUCAGACAGAGGUUGCUGCUAACAGGUUUUGCAGAGAAGUCUGGAAGGAAAACACUAGUCUCAAGACGGUAGAUGCCUAGGGGGUGGGAAUGGGUUUCUUUUGAGCACGUGCUCCUAACAGAAAUGGGCUUGGUUGCUGACUUGGUACCUGAUGCUCACUGGGUUUAUACUACAUCACUAACUAUAGCUUAUACUUAUUGUUCAUACCACCUCUCUAAAGGUGAAGUCUCAUCGAAUGCCCUCAAUCAGUUGCAAAUGGAUGACAAUCAGAGAGAAAUGCAUUAUGCCAGUUGCCAGAAUGAUUGGAGGGACACUUUGUUAUCUAGUUCUAGGAGUACCUCGCCUUGAUUGCUAGUUACUAUAGACUACAACUACGGAACAAAAUGGCUACGUUAGAAAAAUGUAGCCUAACUGUGUAAGAGUGCCAUUACAAGCAGCCUUCUGUGCUGCUGUAAUUCUGUAAUGCCGUUUGACCUUGAGGUUUCCUUUUUGAAGUCUUGUUAUCAUGAAUCAUAGACGGCUUGUACAUCCUACCAUUUCAUGGUUGUUGUGUUAGAACUUUUGUCUGUAAGUUUAUUUUCUUUUGUGGCCUAAUGAUACGUAAUAGUGUAGCUGGGAUCUACUCCUAUAUUCUAUUAAAGUUAGUCCUUGAUCA